UCUUCCUCUCUGAUUCGCGCCAUGAAUGGAAUCGAGCACCCGAGCAAUGGCCGAACCGCGUACCACUUCCAACCUGCGAAGAAUUGGCAAAAUGAUCCCAAUGGGCCAAUGUACCACAACGGCAUCUACCACUUCUUCUACCAGUACAAUCCCCGCGACGCCACCUGGGGCGACGGCAAGCUCUCGUGGGGCCAUUCCGUCUCCGGCGACCUCGUGAACUGGGCCGCCCUCGAGAAUGCAAUCAAUCCCACAGCCCCGUUCGACGUCAACGGUUGCUAUUCAGGCUCCGCCACCGUCCUCCCUGGCGGCCGGCCGGCCAUCCUCUACACCGGCCUCGACACCGACAGGGCGCAGGUCCAAAACGUAGCCUUCGCAAAGGACCCCUCCGACCCGCUCCUCCGCGAGUGGGAGAAGCCCAGCUGCAACCCGGUCAUCCCCAUCCCUGCGGACGUCACCCGCAACAACUUCCGCGACCCGACGGAGGCGUGGCGCGGCCGCGACGGCCUGUGGCGAGUCGGCGUCGGAGCAGAGGUCGGCGGCCUGGGCUCGAUACUCGUCUUCCGGAGCGCCGACUUCCUUCGCUGGGAGCGCAACGCUGUGCCGCUGCACGUUAGCUCGCGGGACAUCCCUGAGCUCGAGUGCCCCGACCUGUUCCCGGUGGCGGAGCAAGGCACGGAGGGGCUCGAUGCGUCGACUCCGAGCGGCCCGGGGGUGACGCACGUGCUCAAGCUCAGUGACCUGGCUAGGGAGGACCACUACAUGGUGGGGCGGUACGACGACGAGACGGACACCUUCGUGGCGGCGGAGCCCGAGCUUGGCGUCGACUGUAGGAACUGGCGCCGGUUCGACCACGGCCACCUCUACGCGUCCAAGUCCUUCUACGACGCGCGCAAGAAGCGGCGCGUGUUGUGGGCGUGGGUCGACGAGACGGACGGCGGUGGCGUUGCCAGAGGCUGGGCCGGUCUCCAGGCGUUCCCGAGGGCGAUGGGGCUGGACGCCGACGGGAAGCGGCUGGUGCAGUGGCCCGUGGAGGAGAUCGAAACACUUCGGAGGAAGCGGGUCGGCCUGCAGUGGGCGACGGAGGUGGAGGCCGGCGGCACGAAGGAGAUCGCCGGGAUCGUGAGCUCCCAAGCGGACGUGGAGGUCGUCUUCGAGAUCCCAAACCUCGAGGAGGCCGAGACAUUGGACCCGAAAUGGCUGCUGGAUCCGCGGGGGCUCUGCGCAGAGAAGGGUGCGUCCGUGCACGGUGGAGUCGGCCCGUUCGGGCUGCUCGUCAUGGCCUCCGCCGACCUGGAGGAGCACACGGCUGUGUUCUUCAGGGUGUUCAGGCACCUGGACACGUACAAGGUCCUCAUGUGCACCGACCUCACAAAGUCAUCUACGAAACAAGGGGUACACAAGACAUCCUACGGAGCAUUUCUGGACGUGGACGUGGAGAAGGACAAGCUCUUGUCGCUCAGAACACUCAUCGAUCACACGGUGGUGGAGAGUUUCGGCGACGGCGGGAGGACUUGCAUGACGGCCCGCGUGUACCCGGAGCACGUGGCGACGAGUAGCAGCCGACUGUACGUGUUCAACAAAGGGACAUGUGCCGUGAAGGUCUCCAAGCUGGAGGCGUGGGAGCUAGCGACGGCGGCCAUGAACGGUGGAGCCAGCGGUUCCGUUGAACCGGACGUCGGGGCUUUGUAG